ACGGGUGCCAUUGUCAUCAGUACGUUCUAGCAAGGUUGUUUUAACCGCCUUGGUUCUUCUCAGCGACACGCCCCAAACCCGCCCGGUGACAUCUCGGAGACAUUUUGUUUCCCUCUGGAACGGCUGCGCGUGUUGACCGCCGGGAGAAAGCAUCGGUACGUACGACACAUGUCUGUAAGCAUAUCAUCAGCGCUGCACGGGAUGUAGGGUUCAUGUUAUAGGUCAUUUACGGACAUUGACCCCUGCACCCACAGCAAGAGGACAGUUAAGGGUUUUUAGUCACGGUGUGUGAAUAUACCGGCGGUGGGACGACUCUGACCGGUGGCAAUCCAGUGCGGUUCGUUGUUGAUUUGUAGCUCCACGUCUGUGGUUGCGAACCAUUACGUAAGAUAAAUUGUGCAAUGUAAGGAGUCACUUACAUCACUAGCCUGCCCGUAGUGCUCAGCGGCAGGACCUGAUCUCAUCCUGCGUGAACACGCCGUGUGAACCAUACCCCUGAUACCAUACACCGUGUGGAUCUGACCUGGCUGUACACGCGGAACCAUGGAAGACUACUUGCGGCUGGCCAGGUUCAUGGUGCCGCUGGCCUGCACCACCAUCGCUACUGACAUCGGGGAACAGGCGCUGAAUCGCGGCGUCGCCUUCUCCGAGAACGUGACGGCGAGCUACGGGCUGGCGUUCUCCCUCACCAAGUUCAUGGCCGGGACUCUGCAGCAGAACCGGCACAUCGGGCUCAUCAUGGUGCAGCAGGCUCGGGACGGGCGGCGGGCGGUCGCGCUGACUGCCGCCAUGGGACUGGUGGUGGCCGCGGUGCAUCUACUCAUUGCCCUGACCCCGCUGGGGUACCUGCUGAUCGAGAGGGCGCACCAGGUGGACUCCGUGGUCGGGGCGGGCAGCCGGCGGGCCAUGCUGUUCCUGACGGCGUUCCCGCUACUGGACGGGCUGGCCUACGUGUUCAUCGGGAUGCUGCUGCAGUACCACCACUCGCUGAUAGUGGGCGCAUCGUCCAUCGCAGACGUGUGUGUUCAGGUAGCGGUGUCCGUGGCGCUGAUGGAGACGGCCCUGCAGACCACCGACCCGCUGCUGAUCCCCAUCCUGGCCCUGUACGCCUGUAGUUACAGUGGUUAUGUGUUGGUGUGUUUACAGGUAGCGGUGUCCCUAGCCCUGAUGGAGACGGCCCUGCAGACCACCGACCCGCUGCUGAUCCCCAUCCUGGCCCUGUACGCCUGUAGUUACAGUGGUUAUGUUAUAUGUCUGGUACAGGUAGCGGUGUCCGUGGCGCUGAUGGAGACGGCCCUGCAGACCACCGACCCCCUGCUGAUCCCCAUCCUCGCCCUGUACGCCUGUAGUUACAGUGGUUAUCUGUUGCUAUGUAUACAGGUAGCCGUGUCCCUGGCCCUGUACACCUGUAGUUACAGUGGUUAUGUUAUAUGUCUGGUGCAGGUAGCGGUGUCCGUGGCGCUGUACGCCUGUAGUUACAGUGGUUAUGUUAUAUGUCUGGUGCAGGUAGCGGUGUCCGUGGCGCUGUACGCCUGUAGUUACAGUGGUUAUGUUAUAUGUCUGGUGCAGGUAGCGGUGUCCGUGGCCCUGUACGCCUGUAGUUACAGUGGUUAUGUUAUAUGUCUGGUGCAGGUAGCGGUGUCCGUGGCCCUGUACGCCUGUAGUUACAGUGGUUAUGUUAUAUGUCUGGUGCAGGUAGCGGUGUCCGUGGCCCUGUACGCCUGUAGUUACAGUGGUUAUGUUAUAUGUCUGGUGCAGGUAGCGGUGUCCGUGGCCCUGUACGCCUGUAGUUACAGUGGUUAUGUUAUAUGUCUGGUGCAGGUAGCCGUGUCCGUGGCCCUGUACGCCUGUAGUUACAGUGGUUAUGUGUUGUUGUGCCUGCAGGUAGCGGUGUCACUGGCCCUGAUGGAAACCGCCCUGCAGACCUCUGACCCGCUGCUGAUCCCCAUCCUCGCCCUGUACGCCUGUAGUUACAGUGGUUAUGUUAUAUGUCUGGUGCAGGUAGUGGUGUCCCUGGAACUGUACGCCUGUAGUUACAGUGGUUAUGUGUUGUUGUGCCUGCAGGUAGCGGUGUCACUGGCCCUGAUGGAAACCGCCCUGCAGACCUCUGACCCGCUGCUGAUCCCCAUCCUCGCCCUGUACGCCUGUAGUUACAGUGGUUAUGUUAUAUGUCUGGUGCAGGUAGUGGUGUCCCUGGAACUGUACGCCUGUAGUUACAGUGGUUAUGUGUUGUUGUGCCUGCAGGUAGCGGUGUCACUGGCCCUGAUGGAAACCGCCCUGCAGACCUCUGACCCGCUGCUGAUCCCCAUCCUCGCCCUGUACGCCUGUAGUUACAGUGGCUAUGUUAUAUGUCUGGUGCAGGUAGCGGUGUCCCUGGCCCUGUACGCCUGUAGUUACAGUGGUUAUGUUAUAUGUCUGGUGCAGGUAGCCGUGUCCGUGGCCCUGUACGCCUGUAGUUACAGUGGUUAUGUUAUAUGUCUGGUGCAGGUAGCCGUGUCCGUGGCCCUGUACGGCUGUAGUUACAGUGGUUAUGUUAUAUGUCUGGUGCAGGUAGCCGUGUCCGUGGCCCUGUACGCCUGUAGUUACAGUGGUUAUGUGUUGGUGUGUUUACAGGUAGCGGUGUCCCUAGCCCUGAUGGAGACGGCCCUGCAGACCACCGACCCGCUGCUGAUCCCCAUCCUGGCCCUGUACGCCUGUAGUUACAGCGGUUAUGUGUUGUAUGUAGAUGUAGCGGUGUCCCUAGCCCUGAUGGAGACGGCCCUGCAGACCACCGACCCGUUACUGAUCCCCAUCCUGGCCCUGUACGCCGCCAUGGCCGUCAGACUCGCUCUCAUCGUGGCCGGCUUUCUCUACAAGGUCGGGCCGAAAAUCAGACACGCACGGCCAUUGGCUGACAAGGACAGCUUCACGGUUGUGCGCGCGCUGAAGUUCUGGUGGCCGCUCGCCCUCGUCACGGCCGUCAACAGAAUCAGCCGGCCAAUCAUCAACCUGCUGGUCGCGCGGGAACUGGGUGGAAGUGACGCAGUGGAGGCUGUGGCCGUGCUGACGGUGACCUAUCCCAUCGGCCACCUGCCCUACGCCUGGCUCAACGAGAUGAAAUCUCUGGCGCCAGCGUUCAGAAAAAGCGGCCAGGGCCGGAGAGUCGUCCCGUGGCGCACCCUGUGGAAGUUUUCCUGCAUCUGCCUGCUGCUGACCCUGACGGUGUCCUUAGUUCUGUUCUACGUUCCCGGCAUCACCUUCGCCAUCAUGACCGGCUGGAUCGAGACCAGCGCCGACAUCGCCAGGCUCUGCCGCAAGCCGCUGCAGAUCUUCACUUUUGUGGCUGUUCCUGUGUCGAUCCGGGCGUACCUGACCAGCUGGCUGAUGGUCCAGAAGCGGACCUGGAUCCUGACUCCCAGCGCCAUCUUCCGCACCGUUGCCUUGGUAACGGCUCUGCUGGUCCUCCCUAAGCUCAGUAUACGCGGAGCGGACAUGGGGAUAGCAGCUCUGCUGACCGGGUUCCUGGCUGAAGUCAGCGUUGUUGCCGUGGGUUUCCUCAUCGUCAGGCGGAAACUGCGAAAUCCAGCCCAGACGACUGACGGAGAUAACACAGAAACGGAGGGUACAUCUUCCCAGUGCCACGAUGAAGCCGAUCGACCCAUGCUGGAGGAAAAGGAAACUUCGCUUUAACACUAUGAGAGUGGGCUCGAUCAAACCGCAGUUUUUAUAUACAUGAGGCUCAUCUGACGUGAUUCAUGGGUAACAAACAUCAGAGUGCAUCCACUGCUGCCCGAAUCCUUCCGUCCGAGAUUCCAACCUUAUCCGGAACAAAGUAUUUCCGAAGGAACACGUGUAAACAUUAUUCUAUUACACUUUCUCUUGGAACAAGAAAACCUUCCUAUUAUUGUUGUAUCAUGUUUGUGUUUUUAUUGUAUUUCUUUCGUCAUUAUAUAAACAGCUUA